AAUGGUUAGGGAGCGUCGGGUGGGUAGAGUGGGUUGAGAGGAGAAAAAAAAAAAAUGGCGAAACUUGGAGCUCCCCUCUGGCGUGAAAAUGUCCCACAUCACGGGUUUGUCGUCGUUUUUUGAGCAGUAAGUCCUAAAAUUCAGUUACGGUGUGCACUCAAAGAAGCCGGAUGUCUUUUUUUUAAUCUUGUAGGUUGAGGCGGUCAGAGGGAUAUGGUUGUGGACAUGCUGACUUCUCCCCAAGAGCAAAUCCCUCCGCGUGUCCCUCCGACGGAGGAAGACGGCCGGAAUUCCGCCACCGCCCUUAGUGCCAACCGCCACAGUGACCAUCAUCCUCACGCUGUCCCUCACGCUUCGGUUUUUCACCGCUCUGAUGAUCCGGGAAGUUCAUCAGCAAGCAGAAGUUUGAACAUGGUCAGGACGAACCCCAGCGAUGGUGCCGACUCUUCAGAACAGCAGCGAAUGAACUCGUCAGAAAGAGACAGCAUGGAAAGCCAUGAAGACACAGACGAGAGUCGACACAGACAGUCCGAAGAUAAAACUGCAAGGUCCUGUAAACGCAAGCUGGAUUUAACGUCGUUAUCUUUAGGGUCACAUGACGCAACUAAAGCCCGGGAUUCUGAGAAAAAAGAUCCUGAAAGCCCUCCACCAGCAAAGAGAUGGGUGAUCGGCCCUCUUUUCCAGUCAUUCAAAUCCAAGAUGGCGAGCUUCACGGAGAUCGUCAUGAGUCCCGUGCGGCUUUUUAAACCCAGCGAUCUUCCAGCUGGGUCAAACAACGAAGCUCCGUCAGUGACUCAUGUGAACAAGGAGGAUGUAGGAACGGACGGCAAAGAUGUAUUUUCAAAAAAAGAGGAGAAAAAGAUUACUCCUGUGACAAAAUUGCCGGUCGUCCAGAGAUUGAAUUUUGACACCAAUUCAAGUGAUGUGGGCGAUUCAGAGCAGAAUAAAGUGACGAUUUCGCAGAGCGGAUCAGAACAACAACAAGACUCGAUCCCAGAGGAUGAUGGGUCUUUUGGGUCUUUAAAUUCUGCAAGCACCAGAAGAUCGACCAGUCAGAUUACAGAAGCGGUCAGGGCUUCAAAUGUUCAGCAAAGCAGCAGGGAAGAAAAACAGAACUGCAAAUCCAUGAAUCCAAAUCCACCCCCACGCACAGGUCUGGUGGACAGUACUGACUCUGUCAGGAGGAGCCUUACAAAAGGUUCUGAAUCUGGGAAAGCAGUACAGGAAUUAAUCGUGUUGUGUGAAGAAAAGGCUUUGGAUGAGUUAACAAAGCACACAGAGCAGGCAGAUAAGAGUAAAAGCCAAGAUCAAGAGCAGCCUUUGCCCAAAAAGUUGAGGCUUCCAACUCCGGCCAUUGGAAAGAAGAAGAAAGGUAGAGGAAUGGAGGGAAGUGAACUAGCGGAAAUGGUGAAAAGGGUGGAAAAAGAAGGCACCAUUGGAACAGACCGAGUGGAAAAAUCUCCAACAGUCACGCAGACCAAGACUUUUCAGAGCUCGAGGCUGGUUCAGACCGGUAAACGGAUGAAGGUUCAGGUCUCAGAUGAGUGUCUUAGCACUUACAAUUCUGGCGAUGUUCAAAUGUCAGACCUAAACUCUUGUAAUUCCUCAGAGAGAGAGAAAAUAGGUCAGAUGCGGGCAUCCAGAAGUAGAAGUAAAAGGGAAAAAGAUGUGAAAUGUACAUUAGUAGCCUUGGAUAUCAUGAGUGCCACCAGUGGUGCCACCAGAAGUGCCUUGAUUGAUCUUAUCAGCACAAAUGUGACAAACGAUUCUACACCAGCAGAAGGUCCUCCAUUGUCAGGAUCCUUGACGUGGGCUAGUUCCCGAACGACAAGACAGCGUAAGAACAACAAAGUGUGCGAAGAGAGGAAAUCUGAUAUCGCAGAAAGCUGCUCUAUUGAUCCGGCAGAGUGUUUAAAGUCAAGCAAUGGAACUUCAGUUUCAAAACUGGUGCGAAGGAACAAUAUCCGUCAAGCAAAGCGCAAAUCAGAGACUUCCGCUACAUCGGCUGCUAAAAAGCCACAAGUUAACAAAAAGAGCUUGAAUACGAGAAGAGUUAAAAGAGCCAUGGAUGCGUUUGAAGAUCAGGGGAUGUCCAUGUCUCUGACGCUGGAGGUCGGAUCAGGAGUGGACGGAGACAAAGAAGCGACCUCUAUCAUGAGCUGUGGAAUAACGACAAGGGGCAGGAAAAUGGGAGGGGACGUGAUGCUAGCGGAUGCUUCCUGUCCAUCCAGAGUGACACCCGAGGACCGCUUUUGUGUAAAAGAUGACAGGUUAACAGACAUGGAUGGUGGAUAUCUUGAGAAAAAGGACAAACGGAGGAGGCGGUGUAUGUAUUCAGAGAGAAGAGAGACAGACGAUGAGCUAGAUCAGGAAGACGACUCAAAACCAGGACAGACGUCAUCAGGUUGUGGCUCAAACCGGCUCAAGCGCAGCCUCUCCUGCCCCGACAUCACCUCGCUGCAGCACGGCCACGACGCCUCUUCAGCUCCCGUCAGCGAAAAAACCCUUUGUCAUCCUUCUCCCCUGAAAAAGGUGCCUCAUUUUAAUGUAAGUGUACCCUCUCCGUUCAAGCGUGCUCGCAGACACACGGUGUGCAGUGUGGAAAUCGAGCGCGAGAUCGCCCCCUUGUGCCUCCGCAAGGAAGUUUAUCCAAAGUGGGGCAGCACUUCCAAUUAUUUGUACCCACGCUCUCCCUCCAAAUCCUUGGCAUCCCUCGUCUCCUGUUUUUUAUCGAGCCCCCAGGCGUUCCUGUCUAAGAAAUCGAGUCGAGGACACAACGAUGACAGCGGAUACGGAGCCAGCAGUAGUGACCUUCGCAAUGUGUCGUCUUCUUCUUCUCUUUCACCACCUUUGCUAAAUUCUCCCGCUUCCUCCAGCGUGAUGAGUGGAUCCGCUUUCUUCGCCGAUGCUCCACACACACCUGAGCAAUCCUCCGUGUCCUCACACUGCAGUGUGUAUGAUGCCAUAUCGAUGGAGGCUGAUGAAGGUGUGGUUCAGCAGGACAGUGAAGAAAACGAGCAAUCCUCAGCUGUAUCAGAGGAGAAAGCUCUGUCUGACUCGGAGAUUAAGACCGACAGCAAGCAAAUGGAACGAAGAAAAGUGUCCUCCAUCCGCAUCCGCAAAACUCUUCCCAAACCACAGUACAAUCUGACUCCGAUGGGUCUUCCCAAAGCCGUCAGGAUAAAGAAGAAAGUUUUUAGCGUGGAGGAAAUCUACACAAACAAGAACUUCUUCAAACCUCCUGAAGGACGCUUAGAGACCAUAUUUGAAGUCCCUCUUAGCCGGCGAGACGGUUCCCAGUCACUGAUUGGUCCGAAACGGGUAAAGCGCUUUGUCGAGUUUCCUGAACUGGGCGUGGUCAGGAAGCCAAGGAAGCCUCUCGUUGGUGGAGCAGGAGGGGGUGGAGCUCAGAGAAAAGCAGCAGGGAAUUCUGGGAUGGGAAGAACCCGCAGAGGCAGAGAAGAAGAAGCACUUCAUUUGCAGGACUUUGAUUCACUCCUGUGCUCAAAACUGAACGAACUGGACCUGUGGAUGGUGACAGAGCAGAUGGUUUACUGAAACCUUCACAGUCUCGCUUUUUCUUUCUGAUUCAAAGCCCAUAGCAUACACAUGCAGAAAUGUACGGUUUCAUACUUGUGUACAGACAGAUGCUUGUACAGUUUUAACAUGAGGUUUGGCUUUGAUGGCCGUGUGCGCUUCUAGAGUUUUCCUGAGGGAUUGAAAAGAGCACUUAACUUCAAGUGAGUGUCUGUCCCAAGCCCUUUUCCAGACUUCAGAAAUGGAUUUAGAGAUGCACUGACUUAAUAACGAAUAGAGCUGUCUCACCAGUGUGGGCUUGAAAUAAUGUGCAGAAAUGAUCCGAUUUGACACUUGUCGCAAUUUAGCAUUUUUGUUGCGUUUAAAUUAAUUUUUUACCGCAGAUAUUGAUUAACUUUAUACAGCACAUAUUAUUAUUAUUAUUAUUAUUAUUAUUAUUAUUAUUAUUAUUAUAUCUCUCACAAGCUCAGCUAUUUCAUACUUUUAAAAGAAACUUGUGACCUAGUCGUGGGGCAGCGAACACAUGACUCACUCGCCAUUCAUGCGGUUAGAGUUGUAAGAACACUGUUGCUAGGCAACAGGGGAAGUGAACUCAUGGCGGUGAGGAGACGUCUGCUUCUGAAGUCAUUAAUGCCACAAGAGUGAGCUGUUUACACGAUGAACACAGCUUCAUUUCAAUUCAUCUGCUCCUCUCAUGAAAUAGUUUCCUUCUAAUGUAUAAAACAAUUCUAAUGAUCAAACUGUAUUUUUUUUGUCGUCAGCAUAAAUUGUUAAACACUCUGUCCAGCAUCUUUGAAUAAGUGUUGGUGCAGAAUCGUUUACAGAAGAUCUUCCUACAAGUGCUUAACGUCCAUCAAGUCAGUGUUAAGAUUACGGCCAAUAUUCAGAGGUCUGGUAUCGAAAAUGGAAAAUAAAUAAAUUGAUGCAUCUGUAGCUUUCGUUAAGUCGUGAGGAUGCCUGACUAGUUCACUUGGUCUCUCAGGGUACCGUGUUGUGUGUGUGUGUGUGUGUGUGUGUGUGUGUGUGUGUGUGUGUGUGUGUGUGUGUGUGUGUGUGUGUGUGUGUGUGUGUGUGUGUGUGUGUGUUUUUGUUUUUUACUUUUUAUUUUUUUUACGUGACCAUGUUGGUUUUGUAUAAAUGCUCUUGUAAAAUAGGAAGAAGGAACACUGUUUAUCGUUUUGUAAUAAUCUGUUACUAGCUUGUCAACAGCCCUGUUGCAAUAUCUUCGUUUUCUCUCAUGCCAUACAAAGACGAAUCACACCGUCCAUCAUGUUGUCAUGUGUUUAUUACUCUUUUUUUAAUGUUAAAUAAUAAAUACAAUCUAUAACUU